AUGGGCCAGCUUCUCGUUAUAAUUCUUCUCACUCUUCUACCCAUCUCAACGGCUUCUUCAAGCCAAACCUAUACAACAUAUAUCAAAACAUCAUGCAAUUCAACGCUAUACCAGCAAUUAUGCUACAACUCCCUCUCCCCAUAUGCCUCCAAAAUCAAAGGAGACCCCAAGAAGCUUUGCAAAACCGCCCUCUCCAUAGCCCUGCAGGCCGCCAGCAAUGCAUCUACCACCGUGUCAAACCUACAGAAACAGAAGACAUUGACGAGUUAUGAGGCUCAAGUUGUCAAGGAUUGCAUUGUGAACGUCAAAGACUCCAUUGACGAGAUCAAGCAAUCCCUGCAGGCUAUGGACCAUUUAAACGGCUCGGAUAAGGAGUUCCAGCUGAGCAACAUAAAGACGUGGGUUAGUGCCGCCUUGACGGAUGAGAACACGUGCACGGAUGGGUUUGAGAAAGGGCAGAAAGUAAGCGCGGCAGUGAAGAAUAAGAUCAGGAAUAGUUUAUUGGUAGUUGCAAGGCUGACUAGUAAUGCUUUGGCUCUCAUCAACAAACUCAAAAUCUAG